CGUAUUAUUUUGAUUCUUUCAUCAUGCGCUUCGAAAAUUGGGACAUUAUCCUCUUCCCGCAGGUGACCAACACACCCAUCCAAGAGUUCCGCACCGAGUGCUUUGGUAUUGUUACUCGUGAGUCUGACCACAUGUAUAUCUANGCAAUUGGCGCCUCUCCAACUCUCAACACGUACAUUCCUUCGUUGAAUCCCGGAACUCCCUUCAAGCUCUCUCUGCACUCGUGGACCAGACCAGUCGUAUCAUCCCCUCAGUUCGUGAAAGGCAAUCGCGUCAUUCUGGCACUGCACGUCGCCGUCGACGGUAAGACAGUUUCAGUUCGAAAGAUCAACCUUGAUGCCGACUUUCCUAUCCAGGUCAACCACUCUCCAACCAGCAGGAUGCUCUUUCCGCACUUCAACGGAGCCAUGCGCGAUCAGCUCCAGCUCCACAUUGCCGAUAACGUUGGUCGCAUCACAGUCUGCAUAUCCGAGGGUUACUUCUACGAAGCAGUUGGCACUGGCAAACCUCACUUCUGUCCUGUCAAAGACGUCAUCACCUUCAAAUGGAUACAUGCCCCUCGCAGUAAGUCACACACUCCUCCUAAUUUCGUCAUGCUAAUGGCUGGCAUUGCCUGGCCUAAUCCUCAACUCUUCACGAAGCAAGAGGACUCCUUUGGCAACAACGUGCCAUACAUGUCUUAUCCUGUUGACUAUCAGGCCAACAGCUCCCAGGGUAGUGGAUCCAUUGACCCACCCUCCAUGUCUACUUCUGGUGUUGAUGGACCAUUCUCUUACCCAUCGAGCACAGCUCCUCUGCAGAACUAUGAUCAAGUCUUCACUGGUAGCGACCAUCUUGACUUUACUGACCUGGCUGCAUCUUCCGACUUCUCAUCCGGCUAUACCUUUGGAGCACCUCUAUCGGACUCUAUCCACGCACCUCAGUCUGACUUCAAGCAUACUCAGACGACAAGACUUCCCAGCGAUCAAGUCAGAGAGAUUGUCAGCGCUAUUGUCCCCGAACUGAUCGAACGUGGUGUUGCCAUGCUUGACGGCUCCUCAGACACCCAACAACCUGGUCAAGGCUUCAUGAGAAACACAUCGGACAUCAGCAUGCACACAGCUUGCGAACAGUAUCCUUCAUGCGUUAUGGAUGCUCCUAAUGGACAAGACGUGCUGCAUGCACCUCGCAAGACCAUCGCAGUUCCCACUCAGGCCCCAAGAGGCCGCAAGAGGGUCAGCUCAGCCACCGAGUACCGUCCGGCGAACACGAUUACCAGGUCGAUGAAGCCAUAUUUUACAAUGGUUCCAGAGACUGAGAUGUUGCGUUUGAGCAUGGAGAAC